AUGGCCCUUGGUGUAUUGGAGGUGACUUUAAUAUCAUCUUUAAUGCCUCAGAAAGAAGGGGAGGAAGCUGAAGUGAAAGUUCUUGAGCUGGAGAAUACCUAUUUGGUUAAUCCUUCUAUUAAAAACCUUAAUAAUCUUAAUUGUGCGAAGGAUUCUCUUGUUCAACUUCAGGACCAGGAGGAAACUUUCUGGAAACAAAAAGCUAAUGUUAAAUUUACUAUUGAAGGGGAUAGGAAUACUAAGUUUUUUCAUGCCAUGGCCAAUCGUAAUAGAACUAAGAAUCACAUUCAUAAAAUUGUUAAUAGUGAUGCUUCUACUAAUGAGUCUGAGGAGUUAAUUUGUAAGUCUGGUGUGGAUUAUUUUAAGAAUAAUUUCAAUGAUCACUUUAGCAAUGUUCCUUUAGUUAAUCCUCAAGUCAUCCCUUAUAUUAUUAAUGAUAUUGAUAAUAACUUCCUUUGUCAUCUCUCCUAUGAGUUGGAAGUUUACAAUGAUGUUAAUGAUUUGAAUGGCAAUUCGAUUGCUGGUCCGGAUGGCUAUACUACUAAUUUUUUUCAAAAGUGUUGGGAUAUUGUUAAAAUUGAUGUGAUUGAAGCAGUCAAUGACUUUUUCAAGGGAAUCCCCUAUCCGAAAAUUUUCACUUCUACUAACAUUGUGCUCAUUCCUAAAACUUCUGGGGAUAAUAAGUGGAAUGAAUUUUGA